AUGUCAAACUACGACCCGUACGACCGGGACUACUCUCGCCGUUAUGUGCGAGAGGAGCGUCGAGAGGAACCUCGCUAUCUCGACCCUCGAGACUCCUUCACCUCAAAGACCCACCGUGAGAUUGUUCCCCGCGGUCGCGAGGAUAGCGACCUAUCAAUAGAGGAGGUUCGACGGGACUUCCCUCCUCCUGGCACCCGCGACAUCCGCCGGGCCCGAUCAGCUGGACCAAACUACUACGAGGAAGAGUACGAGUAUCGUCGCGGCUACGACCCUCGCGACCGUGACCGCGACCACGACCGCCGCUCUCACCGAGGUCACUCCAGCCCAUACUAUGAAGAUGAGGAUCGCAAGUCGAAACCCAAGGGUAUGUCCAAGAAUGAGAAGAUCAUCGCAGCUGUCGCCGGUGCCGCCCUUUUGGCAGGCGGCAAGGAGCUAUACGAUCGUCGUGAGGCUAAAGAGGAUCGCACUGAAGUCCAGCGCAACCCUCUUUCAACUGCUGCUCUCGCCGGAGUCGGCGCCUUGGCUGCCUACCAGGGCGCUCAGUUCUACAACAAGCAGCAGGCCAAGAAGGACCAAAAGGCCAACAUGAUUCUUCAACGUGGCCGUGACGGCUAUUAUAGCGAUUACUACUCCGAUGAGGAAGACAGCCCCCGGGAGAAGAAGGGUCAUAAGAACUUCCUUGAAAGCGCCAUUGCAGCUACCGGUCUUGGUGCUGCGGUUAAGAGUCUUACCGGUGGCGGAGACGAUACUAGAAGCCGCAGGGGAGGCAGUCCCUCUAGCGACCGUUCUCGUUCCCAUGCAGGCGGUAGCGGCGGCGCCAACAAGAUUCAGAAGGCCGCCAUGGCUUCCCUGCUUGCUGGUGCCACAGAGGCAUUCCGUGUAGCCAAAGAGCCUGGCGGUUGGAAGGGCGAGAAGACAAAGCGCAUUCUUACUGCAGCUGCUGGUGCCGCUGCUGUCGAUACAGCAACCGAUGAUAAGGGAGGAAAGUUGGGCCUGGCCGAAUCCGUCAUCGGUGGUUUGGUCGGUAACCGCUUGAUUCGCGGUUCAAGGAACGACAUCGAAGAAGACCACAAGACCGGUCGUAGCCGCUCUCGCUCUCGCGCUCGAUCCAAGUCCCAGUCAGGUGGUGGCGGCGGAGCAAGCGGCCUUGCCGCCCUCGCGACUGCUGGCUUAGGUGCUCUUGGUGCAAAGAAGGUCCUGGACCAGUCACGAUCGCGAUCCAGGAGUCGCGGCGGAAGAGGAAGAGGCAGAAGCGCUUCGUAUAGUCCAUCUCCAGAUCGACGACGUCAGCGCAGUCGGAGCCGAAGUGUCGUUGACAAGGCCCGUAACGGCCUGGCCAAACUCGGUAUUGGCGCCGGAGCCGGUGCUGCGGCCGCCGACGAAUAUCAUCGACGUGACCAAGACGACUUUAGUGAGCGCGGUGGUGGCCGUUCUCGUCGAUACUCGGACGACAUGUACGAUGAUCGACGACCUGGCAGCAACCGAGAUUAUUACGACGACGAUCAAUCAUACCGCAGCAAGCCCAAAGAGCGGCGACGAGGGGGACGCUCUGACUACUCUUCCUCGUCAUCAGAUCUAGGAGAUUCUGAUGAAGAUGAAAAGCGAGCAAAGAAAAUGAGAGGUAAGCAACUUGUUACUACUGGCUUAGCAGCCGUUGCCACUAUCCAUGCAGCGCACGAGGUCUAUUCUAGUAUGGAGAAGAGGAAUGCACGACACAAGGCAGUCAAGGAAGGACGACUGAGUGAGAUUGAGGCCAAGAAGCUCAAGACCAAAGCAAUCAUGCAAGACGCCGCAUCUGUCGGCAUUGCUGCUAUGGGUAUCAAGGGAGCCAUAUCGGAGAUGAAGGAGGCCAAAGAGUUGACACAAGAGUGCAAACAUUUCAACGAAGAAAAGGCUCGUCGCCAUGAGAAGCGAAUGCAAAGACGCUUGCAUGAGCAAUCCAUGAGCGACGGCAGGAGAAGAGCUGAUAGCUGGGCCCCUUCGUCUCGGCGGAUCGAUGGGUACGACUCGGACAUCGAGUACGAAUACUUUGACCCAAGAGACUAUGAGGGUAAACCCAACAGAGGCAACACUUUUCCUGCAGAACCGUACGGGACAGACACUUACAGGAGAAAUCCCCGCAACGGUCUGCCAUCUCCCUAUUAA